ACUUUGCUCUGUAUGUAGGGUCCAAGGAAACUGAUGAAAAGGCUGAUGAGGUUCUAAAGUAGGAUAUUUUGGAUUGUUGGACGCCAGAAAAUCACUAUCGAUGGACUGAAUUUAAGUGUUAAACAUUUCUAGAUUUAGACCAUCGAUAGUGAUUUUCUGGAGUCCAACAAUCCAAGAUAUCCAACUUUAGAACCUCAUCAGCCUUUUCAUCAAUUUCCUUGGACCCUACCUCUGAGGUCCACGAAAAUGGAGGUGUAUCAUAAGAAGUCGGGUAGGUGUAUUCAAUCGAUAAGUUUUGGUGGGGAAGGAGUUGGAGCUAGCGUUGUUGCUGAUGAGGAAGUUGGGAGUGGGAAACUUGUUGCUGUUGCAACACCUAACAAGGUUAUUUGCUAUCGUAAAUUACCUUCUGAAGAACAAAUCAAAGACGUUUUGAGAAAGAAGAACUUUAAAGAAGCCAUUGCCUUGGUGGAGGAACUUGAGUGUGAUGGUGAAUUGUCAAAGGAUAUGCUCUCCUUUGUUCAUGCUCAAGUGGGGUUUCUAUUGCUGUUUGACCUGCAUUUUGAGGAAGCAGUAAAUCAGUUUUUGCUGUCAGAGACAAUGCAGCCUUCUGAAAGAUAA